AUGGCACGCGCUCCUGAUUCGUUCCAGGGGGGGAUUGUUUACCCCAGUCACUCCCGGGGCUCCAGCAGUGACGUCAGCACUGCUAACCACCUCCUGCUGAGCAGGCAGAACCGGCUGGUGAAUGGGAACCACCGAGGCUUCCGUACGUCCUCCCCCAUGGGAAGAGUCAUCCUCAUCAACACACCCCUUGAAGCUAACAGCGAUGAGAGUGAUGCCAUCCAUGCCAUUACAGUGCAAAAGAGCACAGAUGGGAAGCUGGGCUUCAGCGUGCGUGGGGGCUCAGAGCAUGGCCUGGGUAUCUUCAUCAGCAAGGUGGAGGAGGGCAGCAGUGCAGAACAGGCUGGGCUGUGUGUUGGAGAUAAAAUCACGGAGGUGAACAGUGUGAGCCUGGAGAACAUUACAAUGGGAAGCGCAGUGAAAGUCUUGACGGGGAAUAACCGGCUACGGAUGGUCGUGAGACGCAUGGGCAAAGUGCCAGGGAUAAAGUUCUCCAGAGAAAAGACCACAUGGGUCGAUGUGGUGAACAGGCGCUUGAUUGUGGAGAGGAGCGGCUCCACUCCAUCCGAUACCAGCUCUGAGAUUGGGAGGCGGAGGAUUGUCCACCUCUACACCACGUCUGAUGACUACUGCUUGGGUUUCAACAUCCGUGGGGGAAAGGAGUAUGGCCUUGGUAUCUACGUCUCCAAAGUGGAUCCCGGCGGACUGGCUGAGCAACAUGGGAUAAAGGUUGGUGACCAAGUCCUUGCAGCCAACGGAGUCAAGUUUGAUGACAUCAGCCAUAGCAAGGCAGUGGAAGUGCUAAAGGGGCAUACCCACAUCAUGCUGACCGUCAAGGAGACAGGGAGGUUCCCGGCAUACAAGGAAAUGGUGGCCGAGUACUGCUGGCUCAACAGAUUGACCAACGGCAAGUUGCAGCAGCUGUCCCCGAACUCUGAAUCCAGCUCCUCCGCGUCAUCCUAUUCCUCAGGGACCCCCUUCAGCUCUAUCAAUGGCCUCUUCAUGGCCCCCGUCCCCAGCUCAGCGCCAAGAUGCAUGGUGGAUGUUGGCAUCUCCACUGAGCUGCCCGUCUGGAGCCGCUCCUCGGAGAGGGCAGAGGCUGCCAUGCAGACUGACCCGCAGUCCGACAGGGCCUCCUUUUCGGGGAGCCUCCUGACCGAGACCCGCCGGAUUGUGCGGCCCAUGGAGAUCCUAAAAGACACGGCCAUCCGCACGGAGAGCUCCAAGGAUCCCUUCCACCUGAGGAAGCAGCGACCCUUGGCCAGCAAGGAAGUGGCUGACCCCUCCCCCAAAACUGCACUCCUCCUGGCCCUCAGCCGCCCCCGGAAGCCCAUCAAGAGAUCACAGAGCUAUCUGACCAUCUGGGAGGAGAAAUGCCAGAGGAAGAAGGAGAAGCCGGUAUCCUCAGAGAAGAAAGCCACCCUCAAGCGCUCCAAAACCCUCAUGAACCUGUUCUUUAGAAGCACACGGUCCGGGAAGCCAAGUUCAACAGUUGGGUCACCAGAGACACAGAGGCGAGCCAAGUCCCCAGCACGGUCUGAGGGGGAGAAAGAAAAAGGCCGCCCAUUCACCUCUCUGGGCUCAAAGGCUUCAGUGCUGUCACCUCCCCAGCCCAACGGCAGUGAGCACCGCAAAGUCACUGAGAGCCACCUGCUGCUGAUAGAGGACAUGGCCAGGAAGCUGCUGAUGGAGGACGAGGUGGCAGCAGUGCUGAGGCACUGCAUCCGGUACAUCCAAGAGCAUGGAGUGGAAGAUCUGGUGAGGCCCCUGUUGGCAAUUCUCGACCGUCCAGAGAAGUUGCUUCUUCUCAGAGAUAUCAGGAGUGUGAUUUCUCCCACGGAUCUGGGCCGCUUUGACAGUAUGGUUGUGCCCAUAGAGCUGGAAGCCUACGAUGCGCUGAAGAGCAGAACUGUGAGGUCACCUGCUCUCCGCCCAACACAGCAUGAAACACCCCCGAAGAGACAUCUGAUCACCCCAGUGCCUGAUUUCAGGGGUGGCUUCCUUCUGAAACCAGUGACCAAUGAGAAGGGAGAGGAGGACGAGGAGGACGAGGAGGAGGAAGAGGAGGAGAGAGUCCCGAAGGAUGGGGUGAAAAGAUUGCAGCUCUCUCCCAGCCCCAGAAGGACUCACCCCCGUCGCUACACCCCUCUUUCCGAUGUGCCAGUGGAUGCCUACACUUCCCAUGGUGUCUCCUCCUCAGCUGCUGGGGGCAAGGAGCCCCGCUGGAUUCUAACUAAGCCCUCAAAAACAUCAACGAGCCCCCAUCGCACAGCACCCACUCAGGAAGCAUCGGCGCAUUCCCUAGAGCAAGGGGAUGGGCGGCCUGGCAGAGGGAGGCCUCGCACACCGAAGUCAAGCCGUGGUAAAGCCGCUAUGGGGGGGCCACACGGAGAAGUUCAGCCUGCCAAGGAUACCCUGUACUCUGUCAUCAACAGGCCCCGCCGAGCUAGGCCCCUGCUCUCCCAGCUGUUCAAGGAGGUCCCAGCUACUAGCCAGGUGGGAGAUGGAGUCACAGAGGGUCAGCUCCAAAAUGGCCCCCAUGAACUUAAGAAGGAGGAAUAUGAACUGGUGACCGUCAGCCUAUCCAAGAGCAAGCAGUCUUUGGGGAUCAGCAUCUCAGGUGGAAUCGAAUCCAGAUUGCAGCCGAUGGUGAAGAUUGAGAAGAUCUUUCCUGGGGGAGCAGCAUCCGUGAGCAGAGAACUGGAGGCUGGCUAUGAGCUAGUUGCAGUGGAGGGAGAGAGCCUGCAGAACGUAACACACCAGCGAGCCGUGGAUAUAAUCCGCCAGGCCUAUCGCAACAAAGCCAAGGAGCCCAUGGAGAUUGUGGUGAAGGUGCCGAAGAAAACAAAGUAA